ACAAAGCCAAUCAAAGCUCAGUACAGCAGGAGACGUUUCUAACUAGAAAGUAGACGAUACACAAAAUGGCUGGUUUGACUUUAACGUUUUAUGGUUUUCAACUUCUGGUGUUAUUUUCGUUCCAAUUUUUUAAUAUGGGUCGCUGUUUCGGGGUUGAAAAGUCAUCAGAAAGUACGAAUUUUACAGAGGCUGACAAUAACACAGACACACGGUAUUAUAGUUAUUUAAGAACAUACGGAUAUAUGCCUCCAGAACAUUCAAACGAAAUUUACAGCAUCGAAAAGGCCGUAAGAGACUUUCAAAGAUUUGCUAAUAUUCCAAUAACGGGAAAGUUAGACAAUCGCACAAAAAAAGCGAUGCAGAGAAGAAGAUGUGGUGUCCCAGAUGUAUCAAAGUUCCUUGCAAAUUAUAGACUUAGUAAUCACAAAUGGGAGAAAAGUCAACUGACAUACAAAGUUUUAAAUUAUACGAACGAUAUACCAGUUAAGAUGCAAAGAAAUAAUUUGACCAAAAUUUUCAAAAUGUGGUCUGACGUGAUUCCUUUAGACUUUACGGAACUGACGGCAGGAGCGGCUGAUAUUGACGUUGCUUUUGCAGAAGGAGAUCAUGGUGACAACUCUAACUUUGAUGGAAAAGGAGGUGUACUGGCGCAUGCUUUUUACCCGGACAAUGGUAACGUGCAUUUUGAUGAUGCUGAGGAGUGGAGCGAAAUUGAUUUUCACUCCGUAGCUUUACACGAAGUUGGUCACGCUAUAGGCCUGGAUCACUCAGAAGAUAUGGAUUCUGUUAUGGCACCUUUUUACAAAGGCCCCAACUCGAACCUUUUUCUGACCGGAGAUGAUAUCGAUGGAGCUCAAGCGAUCUACGGUAAACGACCAACAAGCGAAACAACACUCCCACCAACAACAACAGAAAUGGCAACAUCGGGAGACCAAGUAUAUGAAUUUGAUCGUUUCGGUUCCCUCAAACCUGGAUAUCAUAGUAUAUCGGAUACCUUUCAUGGUUCUCAAUAUCCAUCUUAUGUGUCCGCUGCAGCAUUCGAUGCAAAUAAAAAUACGAGCUACUUAUUUGCUGAAAUAAAUGAAAAUGAAUCUUCUGAUGUUGACUAUGAAUCUGACGAUGACGGGGAUUUACACUACAAUGAUGCUGACAUGUUCACGGAGAAACAAAUGAAACAGUUAUUUGAUGCUGAAAGUGAUGUUGAAUUUGAAAGAUUUAAAUAA